AUGGUCAAAUAUCUUUUACAGAAUAGCAUGACUUCAGAUAUUAUAACAACUUUUGAACUGGAUAAAAUAAGUGAUUCUAGCAAAGUUAUAAUAAUAAAAGAAAUUAAUGGAUGUGAUAGCUCAUUUAUUUCUAGUUGUGUUCUAGGGAAUUGUAUAAAAAAUAAAAGUGCUGUACUGGUAGUAUUAAUACACAACAGUUUUUCACAUUAUCAUAAUGUAGGUCUCAAAAUGAACUAUAAUUUACAGAAAUCUUUAGAAUCAGGUUUAGUAGACUACUAUGAUGUAGGUGGAGAUUUGGUAAAUACCAUGUUAGAAAAUAAAUGCACUUUGUCAUUGGAUAUAUGGUUUAAAAUAAAGGAAAAGCUUGUCAAACUACAUGAAAAGCAUGCUGUUGUUAAUGUAAUUUUUGAAGGAAUUUCUCAUUUGUUUGAUAUGCAAUUUACCUUAAAAGAAGUUAAUGAUAUAUGUAAAAAUGUGAUUGAUUUAAUAAGAAGCUAUAACAAUUCAUGUUUGUUUGUUCAUUGUAAUGUUGCAAAUGAGGAUGAUAUAACCAAUGUGUUAGCAAAUAGCCUUUCUCAUAAGGCACAGAUUUUAGCAGAGGUGGAAAAUUUACCUUCAGGAUUAAGUGCUGAUGUCUCUGGUCGAUUAACAUUGAAAUAUUUAUAUCAUAAGUAUCAGAGUGAAAAUGUGUAUACAUAUAAUCAAAAACCAUCACAAUAUCUUUUUAGGUUAUUUGAUAGAGGAGUUAAAUUAUUAGCACCUGGUACAGUU